CUAGAUGGUGAGGCUACAAGCCAGACUCUGCUCCAUGCCUCCCAAGGAGUGGCCUGCCGUGCCCGGCAGCAGGUGCCAAGCAAAGCCUGUUAGCCCUUCAGCUGAAGGAGAGGGCCGUGUUCUUUUCCUGGCAACCGACGGUGGAGGCAGCCACCCUCCCUUUUGGCUGAGGGGGGGUGCCUGGGAGAAAAACCAGCUGCCCUAGCAGACGGUCACAGACUCCUGGAGACUCCUUACCUGCACCAGGUAAGAACAGUGGCUGGAGACUUGAGGUGAGAGCGACGGGAUUCUGGCUUGGAAGAGGUGACGGUAGGAGGCAAAAAGAGGCCGGCUGGAGAGCCAAAUCAUCAGCAAGCUUUUAAGGACCGAGUCCACUUUCUCAGGCCCAUCAACAAUAUUGCAGAAAAAUUAUAAACAAGAGACCUUUAAAAAAUCCAUGGGAGAAGUCUAGGAUAGGUCUGCUUCUUAGCAUCAGCUCCAACGCUAGCUACAAGCUGCCCUUUCUGGGAUGUCCGUGUGGUUUCAAGAUUCACGCCUGGUAGCGUUCAGUUGGAAUUUUCCACCCAGCUCUUCAGCCAAAGAGCUGCACUUUUAUUACUGGUGGCCCUAAUAAAGGUAGUACAGCUAAGUGGCCCUGAGCUAGGAAAGUCCUCCUCCUGGGUGAUGGGGGGGGCGGAGGCUGGGGAGUCUAUUUCUAAAGCAGUGUUUUGGAGAGGGGUGAAGUUUUCUGCCGAUAUCAACCACAUGUCAUCUGCUGUGUCUCUGCUUUUCUCUCCGCGUGCAGGUGAAGAGCAAUGAGGCUGGCGCUGGUGGCGUUCCUGGGUGCCUUUUGCACCCUGCAGGCCACCUUCUCCUUAAGGAUCGGGGCCUUCAACAUCCAGACCUUCGGGGACAGCAAGCUCUCCAAUGAGACCAUCACAGACUUCAUUGUCCGUAUUGUGUCCGCCUACGACCUCACUCUGAUCCAGGAGGUCCGAGAUGCUGACCUGAGUGCCGUUAAGAAGCUGAUGAACCGACUCAACGGGGCCUCCCCUCAUCCCUUCAGACCGGGCGGACAGAUGGUGCUGUUGGCUGCAACCUGGGGGGGGAGGGAUGGGGGGGUCAGGCUGCGCCUCCCUCCCCUGCUUCUUCCUCUCUCUCCGCCCAGGGAGGACCUGCUCGCCUUUCUGGACAGCUACUACUACGAGGACGGCUGCGAGCCCUGCGGGAACGACACCUUCAGCAGGGAGCCCUUCGUCGUCAAAUUUGCAGCCCCGCAAACAGGUGUGGGGGGGGGAGCGCCCCCCUUUCGUGCCUUCCCUCGCCUGGAGGGGGGGGCAAGGGCCCCAUGCUUUGACGUGCUCCUCCUGGGGGACUUCAACGCCGACUGCUCCUUCCUGCUGCCUGAGGACUGGCCCCACAUCCGCCUCCGCACCAGCCCCCUCUUCCAGUGGCUAAUCCCGGACACGGCCGACACCACCGCCGGCAGAACCCACUGCGCCUAUGACCGGAUCGUGGCCACCGGAGCCAGGCUGCAGGAGGGGAUCCUGCCCGGGUCGGCCCAGGUGAACAACUUCCAGCAAAGAUUCAGCUUGAGCUACAAGGACGCCUUGGCCAUCAGUGACCACUACCCCGUGGAAGUGACCCUGAGGUCCACCUAAGGAGGUCCCUCUCUGUUCUCCGCCCGGUCCGGCAGGGGCCCUUCGGCAUCUCACCGACAGCGGCUGCGCGGACCUCCUCCCAUCCUCUUGCUCUACAAAAACUUCCCUUCCCACAGAGAGAGAGAGAGAGAGAGAGAGAGAGGAUUCAGAGGUCCUCCUUUCAUUGAGAGAAGUUCCUUUCCUUCCUGCGGUUUCUGGGGAACCAGGAAAGCAGCCUCUGCCACCUUACCUGACUUAAAACCAACUCUGAGGAGCCCUUUGUUGUGUGACCUUUUAAAAAAUAAAAAUAAAGCCAAAGGUGAUUCAUUCUGUUCUCCUGUUUCUCCUGCUGGGAUGCAGCACGAGAUGAACCAGAAGUGAAACCCUGGCUCAUCCCAGCUCUUGCCCCGAGGGCGUCACGUGCGGCCAGAGGGUGGGAUAUGACCUCCACCUGGCAGAGAAUGUCCUCCGUCCGCAGGGCAUCCGGACGUUCCUUCCCUCUGGGGCCCCUCUG